CUUGCCCGGAAAUGCUUGUCAGAGCAGGCUAAGCUAAGCUAAACUAAGCUAGGGCUAGCAGAGUAGUCAACGGAGGUUUUCAGUUUAGCGGUCUGUUUGUUUCUUCUCUGAUCCCGGCUCUGUGCUGUAAGCGAUGGAGCCCUGGUGGAUCCUGUCUCUAAGUCCAUUUUCUCCCCGGUUCAGGAGUUGAGAUGAGUCUGCAGUGGACGGCUGUCGCCACCUUUCUAUAUGUGGAGGUCUUCCUGGUUCUUCUUCUCUGCAUCCCAUUCAUCUCGCCAAAAAGAUGGAGCAAGAUCUUCAAGUCUCGGGUGGUGCAGACAAUCGCUCUGUAUGGAAACACUUGGUUCAUGGUGGCCAUCGCUAUCCUCGUCUUCCUCCUCAUCGAUGCGUUUCGUGAAGUCAGGAAGUACAGCGUGACGGACAAGGUGGACGUGACCAACAACCCGACGGCCAUCGAACACAUCCACAUGAAGCUGUUCAGAGCUCAGAGAAAUGAGUACAUCGCUGGCUUCGCCCUGCUGCUCUGCCUACUGCUGCGUCGGCUCACUACACUGCUCUCCCAGCAGGCCACACUCAUGGCCUCCAAUGAAGCCUUCAAGAAGCAGGCGGAGGGCGCCAGCACUGCUGCAGAGACCUACUUGGAGAAGAACAAGCAGCUGCAAGAGAAACUCCUCGAGGCUGGAAUCGAGUUACCAGAGGCCGGGAAGAAAGGAGUAGGACUACAGGAGGAGAACAAGAGUCUGAAAGAGGAGCUGAAGACCCUGAAGGAGCAGCUGCAGGACACCAAGAAAGCUCUACAGAAGUCGGACAGCGACGUGUGUGCAAUGAAGAAACAGGCCGAGAACCUGACUGUGGAGUACGACAGACUGCUGGAGGAGCACAGCAAGCUGCUGGCAAGCAGCGACAAGAAGUCAGACUGAGCAAUAAGCUUGUUUCCAGAUCCUGUCAUCUUUAUCGCUGGCCUCUGAAGAUUGCAGUUUCAACUUCGUCAUCCUGCUCAGUGAUCUGAUGAAAGGUGACACACUGCGCUGUGAUUGGACGAUCUGUCUGAAGUCUUCUUCUGUCUCUGUUUACAUCUCUGUACCUGAGAGGUUUCUGUUUGUUUUUUUUCUCUCUCUCUGAAUCGCUCUGAUUUCUAUGUCUUUGUCUUUGAAACAACAUUUCUGGUCCUCUAAAGGAAAGUGACUCCUGCAAGAAAAGAUGAGCUUCAUUCCGAAACAAAAACAUCAGCCGUCAUGCUUGGAACUUUGCACGUUCUGCUUUAAAAUGAACCAAAAAAAAUGUAAAACGUCCUUCCGUCUAAAACUGUUGUUUCCUUUGAUGGUUCUAUGGUUAUGACUGUUUGUUUGAAACCGUUUCUGUCUUCACUUCAAACCAUAAACGGAACCAAGCUCAUCUAGUCUCAAUUCUGGAUCAGUUUGGCCUUUGAAACAUAACGGUUUUUCUGAUUUAUUGAUCAGAUUUUGUUUUGGAGGGAAAAAUAUAUAAUAAACUUGUGGAUAUGGAA